ACUUGGCCCGUGAAGUUGACGGCUCGGACUUGUCACAAUAUUAAAUGGAAAAACUAAAAUCCGCAUUCUGGGCAAUGGAACCGUGUGAUAGAAAUGAAACUCAAAUACUAGAGAUUGAUGAACAAAGGCAUCUACUCAGCCAGACUCUCAAGCAUCCACUUUAUGUUAUGUACCCACCAUCUAACCGAUUUGUUUGUCAAUUCAUUAAAGACAUCAUAACUAAGUGUGAGGAUAACCAAACAGAAGUUCUUGAGGAUAUUUACACUGCAUAUGUAUCUCUGCUGGAAGCAGGUGAUCAAGAAUAUUGCUACAAAACAUAUUGGCUGACUCCAGAUAGUCAUAUUACACUGAAAGGAACAGACAAACUGAUCAGUAUGGGAACAACAGGCCUACAGACUUGGCCAGCUGGUCUGCACCUGGCAGAGUAUCUUAUUGAGAAUAAGGAAAAAGUCAGUAAAAAGCAUGUAAUUGAGUUGGGGUCAGGAUUAGGCCUAACAGGGAUAACAGUGGUCAAGUACACUGCACCAACAAAAUAUGUGUUUAGUGAUUGCCAUCCAGUUGUCCUCACAUUACUCCAAGAAAACGUCACACUCAACCUGCCAGAUGAUCACCAUGUGGUCUGUGUUAAAACAAUUGACUGGACUGAUAAUGAUGCCAUUGAUGUCAGUGAUGAUUUUGAUCUCAUGCUGGCUGCUGAUGUUGUGUAUGACCCUGACAUUAUUGUACAUCUAGUGCAAACUUUGGCUGCAUGUAUAAGGAGACCGGACAAACAAGCAGUAGCUCUAGUGGCUUCUACAGUCAGAAACAGUGACACUUACACACAGUUUGAGUUGUGUCUAGGUCAUUACGGUCUACAAAGUAAGCUGAUGAUGCCACCCACCAAGCAACUAUUUCAAUAUGAUCGAUCAGUUCCAAUCAAAAUUCUCCAAAUUUUUGCUACAAUUUGAAACAAGCUUCAAAUGCUCUACAUGUUCACCAC